AUGCCGUUUAUUACGCAUCCCAGCGGACAGACUACUCACUACCUCGUCGACGACUUCACCGAUCCAUGGAAGCCGAAGGAGACUAUUAUCCUCCAGGGUGGGUUCGGACGGCACUCUGCGUUCUGGUAUCACUGGGUGCCUAUCUUGAGUCGGCACUACCGAGUCAUUCGGCGUGAUACUCGCGGUCACGGACUUUCGAGCUCUCCUCCGUUCCCAAGUACGGACUCUUCAUACGACUUCAGCACGGAUGGGAUCAUAGGAGAGAUCGUGGACACGCUGGACCAGCUCGGUCUAAAGAAAGUGCACUUCCUGGGCGAGUCCACAAGCGGCAUUCUCGGCUGUAUCCUCGCAGCGAAGCACCCGGACCGGCUCCUCAGCCUGACCAUCUGCUCGACGCCCACUCACCUCCCGCUCGGGGCGCAGAAACUCUUUGCGUUUGGCAAAUCCGACUGGCCCACGGCGUGUCUGGAACUCGGUUCGCGGGGGUGGGCGCAGGCCCUGUCGGAGGUUCCAGGCACGAUGCCGAGUCAGGAAAAGGGGUAUGCUGCCUGGUGGGUAGAACAGGUCGGGAUUUCGAAGGGCGAAGGCCUGGCGGGUUAUGCGAAUUUCCUCUGCUCAGUCGAUUGUCGACCGCAUCUGGCGCAGAUCACGGUGCCAACACUGAUCCUCGCUCCGAUGAGGAGUGCGGCAACCACGGUCGCAGAGCAGGAGUCCAUCCAGGCGCAGAUACGGGGGUCGGUGUUGGAAUUCAUUGAUGCUGCAGGUCACGAGAUCUACGUGCAGGAGCCGGAGAAAUGUCAACAGGCGUUCAUGAGCUUUCUUGCGGGACUUCCGCGGGGGGCGUAG